AGAGCCGGAGCUGAGCCCCCUCCCGGGCAUCCCCGCGGGCAGCGGCGGCCCUGGCACGGGGGCAGGUUGCGCGGGCAGCUGAAGGGCAGCAGCUUCCUCCGAGCUGCUCGUCGGAUUUUUGCUCAGAAGAGCUCAGUUCGGGAAAGUUCUGCUUUGGCUGCCAGCUCCCCGGCAGGACCGGAGGCUGCUCGGCUUGGGCGCAGGAGCUGCGAGUCCGGAAGAGGUGGUUUUGCACGGGGGGGACCUGCAGUUCGGCUUCGCCACAGAACCAUUUCGCUUGGAAAAGACCUUUACAAGCUCACCAUGGCAACGGUGGUGACCGAAAAGCUCAGCCGGCUCUUCAUCAACGUGCGGCAAGUCCCUCAGCUCCUGGCCCCCCUCUCCCCCUCCACUGUCAGCAGCUCGGAGGUGCCAAAGGUCUUCUGGAAGCCCUACAUCCACACCGGCUACCGGCCCGUGCGGCAGACCUGGCGUUACUACUUCUCCACCCUCUUCCAGCAGCACAACGAAGCCAUCAACGUCUGGACCCACCUGGUGGCGGCGCUGAUCCUGCUGCUGCGCUUCCAGCAGCUCUGCCUGCAGGUGGAUUUUGGGCAGGACCUGCACGCCCGGCCCCUGCUCAUCAUCAUCGUGGCGUCCAUCACCUACCUGACCUUCAGCACCCUGGCUCACCUUCUGCAGGCCAAAUCCGAGUUCUGGCACUACAGCUUCUUCUUCAUGGACUACGUGGGGGUGGCCAUUUACCAGUACGGCAGCGCCCUGGGGCACUACUACUACGCCAUCGAGCCCAGCUGGCACGAGAAGGUCAAAGGGUUCUACAUGCCGGCGGCUGUCCUGCUGGCAUGGCUGUCCUGUGCUGGCUCCUGCUAUGCCAAGUACCAGUACCACCAGUCUGCUCGCCUUCUGAGCCUGCUCUUCCAGGAGCUGCCCUCUGGCCUGGCCUACCUGCUGGACAUCAGCCCUGUGGUGCACCGCAUCUGCGCCACGCCGCCCUCCGGGCGCCCCGACCCGGCCCUGCUCUACCACAAGUGCCAGGUGCUCUUCUUCCUGGUCGGGGCCUUUUUUUUCUCACACCCUUACCCUGAGAAGUGGUUCCCUGGCAAAUGCCACUUCUUUGGGCAGAGCCAUCAGAUCUUCCACGUGUGCCUGGUGCUCUGCACGCUGGCGCAGAUCGAGGCGGUGGUGCUGGACUACCAGUCCAGGCGGCACAUCUAUUCCGCUCUCCAGGGCGACCUGGCACACAACUUCUCUGCCCUCUGCCUCUUCACCGUCACCUGCUCUGUCCUCACAGCUGCUUACAUGGCCAGGAAGGUGAAAACCAAGCUGAGCUUCAAAGAAGAGUGAGGUCCCCGAGGGAGAAGCUGUUGAGCUCAUCCAUGUGGUCAGCCUGCAGCCGGCGGCAGCGGUGCUGGCGUGAAUCCGGCCGCAGGCUUCGAGGAGAGGAGGAAUGAAGCUGCUCAUGAGCUGUCACACAGCAGAGUGCUCUGGAGGGAGGGAAAGGAAAAGCUGCUUUCUGUGCUUUCUGUCAAUUCAGGAUUAGUUCCAGCUUGCUCUUAAAGCAGCACCCUGGCUUACUGCACAUGUCUGAAUAAAACAGUCGGAACAAAAUGGUGUUAGUGCUGCAGCCCUGUGCCCUGGGGAAGGGGCUGGAAGCUGCCAGGUGUCCCACAGCGAAAGGUAAGGAGAUGCCAUCUGACCCCCUGCUAGUGGUGGCAGAAUGUAGCCCAUGGAAAGGGACUGAGCUGAGCUGCUUUGAA